AUGAAGGAUUUGGGUUCCCUUAGUUACUUUCUUGGUCUUGAGGUAUCAAUGAGCACUGCUGGCUAUUCAUUGUCUCAAGCGAAAUAUGCUUCAAACUUAUUGGUGCAUUUCGGGAUCAUUAGCUCUGCUACAACCCCGACAUCACUCGAUCCUAGUGUUCGUCUGACUCCGUUUGAUGGCGUUCCUUUUGAAGAUGUCACUCUCUUCUGUCAACUUAUUGGUAGCCUAAUUUACCUAACAGUGACUUUUCCCAACAUUGCAUAUGUUGUUCACAUUGUAAGUCAAUUCAUGGCUGCCCCUCGAACCAUUCAUUUUACUGCUGUUCUCCGUAUUCUUCCUGGACUCUAG